CAAUAAUGGAGGGUAAACUAAAAUUUCCCGCCCCAAUUAUUAUACGGAGUAGUAGAUUUGUAGACACUGACGGAAUGUGGAACAUGAGGCUCGGGUUUACCUCCCGCUCAGUUCUUGUUUGCCGAGCCUAUUAAUCUGGGGAGGUUAUUACCGGUAUAAGCUAUCGUUAGGUGUUUCUAAGUCGAAUUCAUGGCGGAUCCUAGGGUUUUCGGCAACCCAAAACCCAUUCAAGCCGGCAUCAUUUCCAAAAUCCGAUUAGAGAACUUCAUGUGCCACAACAAUCUCGAAAUUGACUUCGGAGAUAGCGUCAAUUUUAUCACUGGCCAGAACGGCAGCGGGAAAAGUGCAAUACUGACUGCGUUAUGUUUGGCAUUUGGGAGCCGUGCUAGAGGCACACAAAGGGCAAAUACAAUGAAGGACUUCAUUAAGACGGGAUGCAGUUAUGCUCUUAUACAUGUUGAAAUAAAGAACAAUGGGGAGGAUUCCUUCAAGCCUGAAACUUAUGGAGGGGCCAUAAUUGUAGAGCGGAGGAUAUCAGAAUCGACUAGUUCCAUUAUUUUAAAGAAUCACCAAGGCAAAAAAGUGGCGACUCGAAGGGAGGAUCUCUCUGAAUUAGUGGACCACUUUAAUAUCGAUGUUGAAAAUCCCUGUGUUAUAAUGAGUCAGGACAAAAGUAGGGAAUUCUUACAUUCAGGAAAUGAUCGAGACAAGUUCAAGUUCUUUUUCAAGGCCACCCUUCUUCAACAAGUGGAGGACCUUUUGAAGGGUAUUGAGACCCAUAUAGGCAAUGCAGAUAGUCUAAUUGACGAACUAGAGAAGUCAAUUAGCCCAAUACUAAAAGAACUUCAGGAACUCCAGGCCAAGAUAAAGAGCAUGGAGCACAUAGAAGAGAUAUCACUUCAGGUAGAGCUGUUAAAGAAGAAACUAGCUUGGUCGUGGGUCUAUAAUGUAGACACUCAACUGCAGGAAAAAAGUGAGUUGAUAAAGAAGCUAAACGGACGGGUUCCUGUGUGUCAAUCCCGAAUAGAUCAGUGCCUGAAAAGGAUUGCCGAAUUGAAUGAGCGAAUUGACAAGAAGAAAGCACAAAUUGCAGUAUUAAUGGAGAAGGCAUUAGAAGUCAGGAUCAAGAAGGAUGAUCUGAAGCAAAAUGUUUCUUCGGCUACGAAAGAUAAGCUUGGCUUGGAGGAAGAUUAUGUACUCAAAUCCAAUUACAUUCAGAAAUUAGAGAAACGACAGAAGUUAUUGCACAAACAAAUUCAUGAAACUGAAGAGCAACACAUUAGAAACACUCAGGCAGAAGAGCUUGAAAUGGAGGAAAAGUUAAAAGAGUUAGAAGAGGUGGUGGAGAAAGCUCAUUUAGCAUUUCAAAGAUUGAGAACUGAAGAGGACACCCUGCAAGAGAAUCUGGUACGAGUGAAAGACGAGGUCAAUGCUGUUGUCUUCCAGAUGGAGGAAAGUGCAAAAAAGCUUUCUGGUAUUCGUAGUCAUAUUCGUGAGCUUCAACUCAAUAGAAGCAGCAAGGUUACAGCUUUUGGAGGAGGUAGAGUGAUUCGCCUUUUGGAGGUCAUAGAAAGAAAGCGCGGUAGGUUCAAGAGACCGCCUAUUGGUCCGAUUGGUUCUCACGUGACCUUGGUUCAUGGAGAGAGGUGGGGGCUUGCUGUAGAAAUUGCCAUUGGAAGACUUUUAAAUUCUUUUAUAGUUACAGACCUUAAAGAUUCUAUUGUUCUAAGGGAAUGUGCAAGGGAUGCCGGCUAUGAAUACCUUCAGAUUAUUAUUUAUGACUUCUCAAUACCAAGGUUAAAUAUUCCAGGCAAUAUGCUUCCAGAUACUAAUCAUCCAACUACUAUAUCUGUAUUGCACUGUGAUCAUCCAACCAUUAUUAAUGUCCUAAUUGAUAUGGGUAGUGCUGAGAGGCAAGUUCUUGUCAGGGAUUAUGAAGCGGGGAAAAUGGUUGCUUUCGACCAAACAAUUUCAAAUUUGAAAGAAGUUUACACUGCCGAUGGAUUUAAAAUGUUUUCCCGGGGUUCUGUGCAAACAAUUCUUCCACCAAUGAAGAAUGCGAGAAGUGGGCGUCUUUGUGGUUCAUUUGACAGUGACAUAGAGAGUCUGGAAAAGGAUGCAUUACAUUUCCAAGAACUGAAUGAAAAUUCUAAGGGUGCGAAGAGGAGACUUGAUGAAGAGCUUAGAAGUCUUAAUGAGAAUAUGCAGAGUGUCAAGAGGAGGCGUGUUGAUGCUGAGCGAGAUUUGCGGUCUAAGGAAUUCCGUUUGCAAGAUGUUAAGAAGUCACGUUCUGCAGAAACUACCACAACGAUUACGUCCAGUGAUGAGCUUCUUCAAGAACAAUUGAAAAUCAUUGAUGAGAUUCAAGAUGAGAAAAAGUCUCUGGAGCAAAUCCAAGUGAGAAUGAAUGAAGCAGAAACCAAAAGAAAUCAUUUUAAAAUGUUGCUUGAAAAUAUGUGUGAGUCUGCAAAAGGAGAUAUUGAUGCCUUGGGAAAUGCAGAAGAGGAGCUGAUGCAGAUAGAUAAGGAUCUAGAAGAUGCAAAUACGAAGUACAAGCAUUACAAAAACCUCAUGAACACUAAAGUCUUAACUGAGCUUAAGGAAGUUGAAAAAGAGUAUCAAGAACUUGAACAUAGCCGUAAGGAAAGCUACAGAAAAGCCUCUAUCAUAUGUUCUGAGACUGAUAUUGAAUCUCUAGGAGGCUGCAAAGGAAGUACACCAGAGCAAUUAAGUGCACAACUAACAAGGCUAAGUAAUAGACUCCAACAGGAGAGUCGAAGGCACUCAGAAUCUAUUGAUGAUCUGCGAGUUUUGUAUGAGAACAAAGAGCGUAAGAUAUUUAAAAGGCAGCAAACUUAUAAAGCACUCCGCGAGAAGCUCUGUGCAUGCCGUAAGGCACUUGAUCUAAGAUGGAGUAAGUUUCAGAGAAAUGCAAGUCUCCUGAAGCGCCAACUGACUUGGCAAUUUAAUGGCCACUUGGGAAAGAAAGGGAUUAGUGGAAAAAUCAUAGUUAGUUAUGAGAAGAAGACACUUUCUGUAGAGGUUACAAUGCCUCAAGAUGCAUCAAGCAGUUCAGUUCACGACACAAGGGGGCUUUCAGGGGGGGAACGCUCUUUCUCGACUCUGUGCUUUGCACUUGCCCUUCAUGAAAUGAUUGAAUCUCCAUUUCGGGCGAUGGAUGAGUUUGAUGUAUUUAUGGAUGCGGUAAGCAGAAAAAUCAGCCUAGAUGCUCUUGUUGACUUUGCUUUGGUUCAAGGAUCUCAGUGGAUUUUCAUUACACCUCAUGAUAUCAGUAUGGUUAAGCAGGAUGAGAGGGUAAGAAAGCAGCAAAUGGCAGCUCCGCGGAGUUGACCACUCUCUGUAAAGCUUCACGUCUACUUCCAUGUUGUGAAGUGCUUCGUUUGGAAAUAGCCAAUUUUUUACUGAAAGUCUUAGCAUCUGCUGCUUGAUAACUUGCAUUUUAACACAUUUUCUUAAAAUGAUCGUGUAGUUGUGGAAACCAACCAAAUAUAUUUAAAAUUCUGUUUAUAUUGAUGUGCAUCGGAUUGAGUUUUUGUUUGUAGUUUGAAUUGUUUUUGACCUUUAGUCUUGCUGAUCCCUCUUUUGGUGUAAACACUUGUGUCGUU